AUGAGGUACGCUUACAUCAAAUAUGUUCAAGACGGGAAGCGGGCCGUUCUGCCUGUUUCUCUAAUACAGAGGUUUUGUGCGAAGUCGAACGACGACCUUCCUUCGGCUUCCGUGAAAGCUUACUGGAGAAUGCCGAACGGUGAUGAGGAAGGAUAUUACGAUGCCCAUGUCCUACACCUUGCAGAAACAGAGUCGGAGGUCUGCAGGUACCUGGCCAAAAUUAAACGAGUGUCUGUUCCGGUAAUUUUUACCGAGGAUGGCAAAAUAAAAGAAGUGGAGCGACCCAGGUCCCACGAAAAUGAAACGUCAGGGCCUGCAAAGAAGCAGAGGCCUGCUAAUGGUGCAGCUCCGACUGCCAAAGAAAUGAAGCGGAAAAAAAAAAUAGCCCAGGACCGUCGAAUGGGGGAGUUCUUGCCACCGAAAAGUCGCAGCCGUGCUCCUCAGCAUAGCCACUCAGACACGGACUCAAGUGGUGACGACGAGCUGUGUCUAAAGAGUGAACUCCGGCGAGCCAAAAGAACAAUCAGGCGUUUGGAAGUGAAGCUCGAGCGGUCGGAGCACACAAACCGUCGCCUGACAAAUGCCUUACUGCUGAAGAUUGUUUGCUAA